AUGAUGCAGAUGAUGGCUCCAGCCCCACAACCCCAACCACAUUAUGUACUUAUUGACAAAAAUCAUGAAACAGUAAGGAGACAGGGGCCGAAGGUAUUUGCAGAUACAAUUGAUCCUGCACAAGCAGAAGAAUGGCUGAGAAACAUAGAAAGGGUGUUGGACAGAAUUGAGUGUACUUCUGAACAAAAGUUGAGGUACGCAGUGUCUUUACUGGAGAAAGAUGCCUUAGAUUGGUGGGAAAUAGUUCCAGGGAGCAAGAACCAACCUGUCAAUUUGACAUGGAAUAACUUUAUAAAAAUAUUUACUGACAAAUAUACUCCAUCGGUCUACAGGAACCGUAAGAAAGUUGAAUUCCUUGAGCUAAAGCAGAAUGAGUUAUCUGUUGCUGAGUAUGAGUUGCAAUUUGCAAGAUUGUCAAAAUAUGCUCCAAAAGAGGUGAGUAGCAAUGAAUUGAGGAGAGACAGAUUUGAAAGAGGCUUGAGACUCGAGAUUUGGGAGAAAGUAGCAAUUAAACCUCCGAGUUAUGGUGCGCUGCUGAAAGCGGCACUGAGGGCAGAAGAGACGUCCGUUGAAAGGAGUUCUACUGAAGUUAAACGGAAGAAAUUGACAGGUAACCUAACACCUACAUUGGGACAAAGUGGUUUAGUUUAUUUUAGGGGUUCUGAUUCACAAAGGGGUUGGUAUAGAGGCCGAGGAGUAGGUCACACUAGCAGGUCUCCUUCAGUAUUUUCGAGUAGAGGCGGGCCUAUUUCGGUUGGAUUUGGAUGGAGACAAGGUCUAGACAGAUCGUUCAAUGGAAUAUCUACUCCUUCUUGUGCUAAUCGCGGUAGGAGACACGCUGGUGAAUGUUGGGAAGCCCGACCAAUUGUGUGUUAUCGUUUCCAUCAACCAGGACAUAUUCUCAGGAUGUCCCACGUGGAGAGAUAG